CGCUCCUUUAACAAGGUGGCACUAUUGUUGAGUUAGUAGGAUAAAAUCAUCAUUCUGCUUUAGGGUACAGAAGGCUUUUCUUAAUAUAUAAAGUAGACGCCUCACAGCUCUAUUUUACCAAACAGGCAAAGUGGAAACAUUGGCUAAAGAGCAUUGGCAGAAUCAUUAGCUUGUCCUUAGCAGCAACCGUCAUCAGUUCAGUUCAGUGUGGGAUGGAAGUCGUAGCUGGAAGUCUGUUAUGGAAAUGCUCUUUGCUGUUAUUGUAGUACUGUGGUGACAACAUGCCAUUGAAAUGGAAAACCGGCUCUCCAGCUAACUGGAAAUUCCCAGUUCCUGUGCUUAAAACAUCUAGGUCAUCUCCACUGUCACCAGCAUACAUAUCUUUAGUGGAAGAGGACGAUCCUCAUAUGAAAGUUUCCCUUGGGAGUGGCGAUAUGGGUGUUUCUUCCCAUCUUCAGGCUUCAAAGACUGGCAAUACACGUUUUUUCACCAGUAACACCCAUAGUUCUGUUGUUUUGCAGGGUUUUGAUCAACUGCGGAUAGAAGGCUUACUCUGUGAUGUAACGUUAUUACCUGGAGAUGGAGAUGAAGCCUUCCCAGUACACAGAGCAAUGAUGGCAUCUGCUAGUGACUACUUUAAAGCAAUGUUUACAGGUGGAAUGAAGGAGCAAGAUCUUAUGUGCAUCAAACUUCAUGGAGUAAACAGAAUUGGCCUCAAAAAAAUUAUUGACUUUAUUUAUACAGCAAAGCUUUCUCUUAAUAUGGAAAACCUCCAGGACACUCUUGAAGCUGCCAGUUUUCUACAAAUUCUUCCUGUUCUUGAUUUCUGUAAAGUGUUUCUCAUAUCAGGGGUUUCCCUUGACAACUGUGUUGAAGUGGGGCGUAUUGCAAACACCUACAACUUAUCAGAGGUUGACAAAUAUGUGAAUAAUUUUAUCUUGAAAAACUUUCCCUCUUUGCUAAGCACUGGUGAGUUUGUGAAACUUCCAUUCGACAGAUUAUCAUUUGUCCUUUCUAGUAAUAGCCUCAAGCACUGCAGUGAGCUUGAACUUUUCAAGGCUGCCUGUCGAUGGCUACGAUAUGAAGAGCAACGCAUGGAGUUCUCCUCAAAACUUAUGAAGAAUAUUCGUUUUCCUCUUAUGAGCCCUCAGGAACUUAUAAACCAUGUGCAGACUGUGGAUUUUAUGAGAACAGAUAAUACAUGUGUAAACCUUUUACUGGAGGCCAGCAAUUACCAAAUGAUGCCAUAUAUGCAGCCUGUCAUGCAAUCGGAACGAACAGCUAUUCGGUCUGACAAUACACAUUUAGUAACACUUGGUGGCGUUCUACGGCAACAACUGGUUGUAAGCAAAGAACUUCGGUUAUAUGAUGAAAAGGCACAUGAAUGGAAAUCUUUAGCACCCAUGGAUGCUCCAAGGUAUCAACAUGGUAUUGCAGUAAUUGGAAACUUUUUGUAUGUGGUUGGUGGACAGAGCAAUUAUGACACAAAAGGGAAAACAGCUGUUGAUACUGUAUUCAGAUAUGACCCUCGUUAUAAUAAAUGGAUGCAGGUUGCAUCGCUAAAUGAGAAGCGGACUUUCUUUCAUCUUAGUGCAUUGAAAGGACAUCUUUACGCAGUUGGUGGUAGGAAUGCUGCUGGUGAAUUAGCCACUGUGGAAUGUUACAACCCUCGAACAAAUGAGUGGACAUAUGUCGCAAAAAUGAGCGAGCCACAUUAUGGACAUGCUGGGACUGUAUAUGGUGGAUUUAUGUACAUUUCAGGAGGAAUCACUCAUGACACUUUCCAAAAAGAACUAAUGUGCUUCGAUCCAGAUACGGAUAAAUGGACUCAGAAGGCUCCCAUGACCACAGUUAGAGGCCUUCAUUGUAUGUGUACUGUUGCCGACAGGCUCUAUGUUAUUGGUGGAAACCACUUUAGGGGAACCAGUGACUAUGACGACGUUUUGAGCUGCGAAUAUUACUCUCCUAAUUUAGAUCAGUGGACUCCAAUUGCAGCCAUGCUACGUGGGCAAAGUGACGUUGGGGUAGCAGUCUUUGAAAACAAAAUAUACGUUGUAGGUGGCUACUCAUGGAACAAUCGCUGCAUGGUGGAAAUAGUUCAAAAAUAUGAUCCAGAAAAGGAUGAGUGGCAGAAAGUGUUUGACCUUCCUGAGUCACUUGGGGGUAUUCGAGCUUGUACUCUCACUGUAUUUCCACCAGAUGACAAUGCCGGAUCACCUUCAAGAGAAUCUCCCCUCUCUGCACCUUAAGAAGGAUUCUGACUUUAAUCUUGAAUUAUCUAACAUUUUGCACUGCAUCAUGGAAUAAGUGCCACAUAAAGUGGUUCUUCUCAAUGAUUUUCUCUUGCUGGCAGUGGCCUUUCAGUGUGUUUUAUUAUUCAAGAACACUGUUACUUACCUUACACUGUUAGGCUGGCCUUUACCAAGCAGAAAACAACGGAUACACUUGUUAACCUUUUUGAUAAAACUCUAAAAUUUAAACAACAGUGUACUUGUUUUCAGCUUGAGUACCUUUUAAUAACUGCAUUUUGAGUUUUUGGCACAACAACCUCCAAUAGUGCCAUACAAUGGAAAGAAAAGCAAUUAAUGUUUUGUAUAAUAUACUUUUCAACUUGAGUAAUCACUGUUCCUUGUGCUUUUUAUCAGCUAAGAGGAAGAGGGAUAUGGCAACGUUAUGAUUCUAGUGGGUUAUGUUACUUUUGUAUCUUUAUGCCAUUAAAAAGCUAGGGCAAUUGCCCUCUGUUAAGUUAUUACUUUCUAAUAUCUCAGGGGUCAUCCUGGCUUGGAACCCACUCAUAAUCCUUGCCCUACUCCCUCCUCUCCAUUGGAACAUUUCACUAUUUGGUUUUACUGUACUCCUUAAGAACAAUGCUGUUUUAUACAUUUAAUAAAACCACACAGAAAUAACAAAAACAUUGUUCAGUGAUAACAAGUGCUGAAGAAUGACUGAUGUUGUCAAUUCAGUAUGAAAACUGGGUAGCACAAAUUUCAGGGCAUUAUAUUAAACACUAUUAAAUCCUUAUUAUUCCUGCUAUUUUAUUGCCACAAAAUGUUUGAACAGAAUGGAUUUCUGUGAAAUUGCCCUGCAGAAUUUACCAAAAGAACUAUAGCAAUAAAAAACAUGCUCAUUGCCAAAAUUGAAAACUCGGCAUUGAGGUUGCUACACAUUUUUUUUCUACAGAUAUUGAAUUUGUGGAUCUAUGACUUAAAAUUAUGCAGAUUUUUUUUGUUUGUUUGUUUGUUUUUAAGAUAAAUAAAUAUUUGCUUCUUGUGCUGCUAUUCUUUUCCUACCUUUUGUAAAUUCUAAAAUAAGACUUGUAAGUUAAAAGUCCCUUCUCAAGCUCCCUUUAGAUAGAAUAUGAAAUUCAAUUGAUAUUUUUAUCUUAAUAUGUCAAAUGUCACUUCUCUUCAAAAGAACUAACUCAUCGUGUUAUAGAGCAGGAUUAUUGGUUACUGUAAUAGUCUAAAAGAAAAAUGAUUAGUAACUGCUCAUGAACUAAGCACAUUUCUUUUGAUCCAUUUUCCCAGUGGAAACAGGGUUAUGCAAGCUGCCUAUUUUAUUGAGAUUAAUCGGAUGAUUGCUAGUUGCAGAAGCAGCAUUAUAUGUGGUUGCACAGUUACUGAGCAGGCAUCAGUAAUUUUGUGCAUUGCAGCAAACCAAAAACACCAGUUACUUUACUAUGGGGUGAACACAAUUCGCUCAAGCUUCAGAAUUUUAAUUAGCCUUAGGGAGCCUUUUUGUAAUCUUAAUAUUUAUCACCCACUAAAAUGAUCUUUUGGCAAUGGAUUGUUCCUUUGUGAAUACUUUAGAUAAUGACUAGUCAUAUUUUGGACAUCAGACUAUUUCUAGUAAGUAGUCUGUAUAUUCAUUAAAGCUGUUGUUUAGCACAAUUACAGCACAUGUUACAGUAGCUCGACAAGCCUGAAUAAUGCUGCUCUCUGUGCUCUCAAUAAAGUGUUUGAAAUUAAUUGUACAGGUACCUACUAAUUAUUUGACUACCUUUAUUGUUAUUUGGUUUCUUAAAACGCUUUCUGUCAUUUGGAUCUGACAACAAUGAUCUGCCUGUGGUAGACAUGACUUUUGUUUAGCAGACCAUGAGUUUUGAUCACACAAAGUACUCUCAAAGCAAAGUAUGCCUUGUGUUGUGUGUGUCAUAAACAGCUUUCUCCUAUUCGUAUCAUAACUUUUUUAUUCUAAUGUGUGAUAUACCUAUUCUUUCUUUCUAAACUAAUCUUCUUCAUUUUGUUCUUUCAGGUGUGUUGCCCCUAGCAGUAUGUAAUUGAACAUACAUAUAAUUCUGAAGUGGCUGGCAUCUGUGAGAAGGUGACAGUAGGGUGGUACUUCUCCAGAUUAUGUGGUCUCUUCUAGAAGUUCAAAGUCAUGCUGUUAGUUUGCUAAGAGUAGGAUCUUCUAUGCUCUCAGUUUAGUAAAAAUAGACUCAAGGUUCAUGCCACCCUUGCAGGAUAGAAAGUGAGUAGUGAGAGUUAUCUUUGCUGAAAGAGGUUAUGCAAAAUAGUCAUAGUACGGAGCUAAUAUCACUUGUAUGAAAAUAACAGAAUGCUGGCUCUCUGACUAAAUUAUUGUUAUCUCUCUUACAUCCAUUUUAUUCACUAAAAUUACUUUGGAAAAAAUAUUCAUUUAUUUAUUUAGUUCUGAUCUGAUCUUGCUUAACCCUUGUGUGGCUAUCGGGUAUGAAUGUUUCCUAAAAAAAAAAAAAA